AUGCAGAGAGAGAAGCUCUGCAGAGCGCCGCCUACCCCGAGGUAGACCUUCUGCCAGAAGCACGGCCUGAUGUUCGAGGUUGUUGAUCUGAGGUGGGGUGUUCGCAGUGCCGAGGCCACUGAACACAUGACCAUGGAACUCUGCUUGGAGGAGCUGGACCGGUGUCAGAAAACAUCCAUAGGGCCGGCUUUUGUUGCCCUCGUGGGGAACCAGUACGGGCCCUGUCCGGUCCCCGCGCUCAUCGAGGAGAAGGAGUGGGAGGCGCUGCAGGCUCAGCUGGCCGCCAGGCCCCGCGACCUGGAGCUGGUGGCCCGUCGCUUCCGGAGGGACGAGAACGCCGUGCCCCCCGCCUACGUGCUGCAGGCGCCGGGCGCCGGGGAGACCAGUGAGGCCGAGGAUGCCCUGGCCUCGGUGCUGCGCUCCGGAGCCCGGGACGCACGGAGGCUGGGCCUCCUCACGCAGGAGCAGUGGCACCGCUACUCCCGCUCAGUCAUUGAGUGGGAGAUAGAACGAGGCCUGCUGAGCUCGGCAGACGGGGACCAGGGCGCCACCGUCUUCCUGAGAGAGAUCCCAGACCUCGACAAACACAUCCUGGAGGAGUGUGCCCUCAAGAUGGUGGACCGGCUCGCAGAUGGCUGCCUGGACACAGAUGCCCAGAACCUCCUCAGCAGCCUCAAGGGGCACAUCGCUGACACGCAACCCGGAGUCCUCAAGGCCCACCACCUGCCCUGGAGCCGUGACCUGGUGAACCCCCAGAACAAGGCUCAUGCCCGGUACCUGAAGGAGCUGGGCGAGCAGUUUGUGGCCCGGGCUAACCACCAGGUCCUGGAACGCCUCCGGGAGCUGGAGGCGGGCAGGCAGGAGCUGGCAUGGCUCCACCAGGAGGUCCGCCACCACCUGGGGCUGAGCGCCGAGGCCACCCGCGCCUUCUGCGGGCGCCAGGAGCUCCUGACCCAGCUGGGAGAGCAACUGCGGGAGAGCGACAGCCACCUACACACGGCCCUGGUGCUUUUUGGGGCCCCGGGCAUUGGAAAGACGGCUCUGAUGUGCCAGCUGGCCCAGCAAAUGCCAGGGCUGCUUGGCCGCAAGACAGUGACCGUCCUGCGGCUGCUGGGGACCUCGCAGAUGAGCUCCGACGCCCAUGGCCUGCUCCAGAGCGUCUGCUUCCAGGUGUGCCUGGCCUACGGGCUGCCCCUGCCCCCUGCCCAGGUCCUGGAGGCCCAUGCCAGGCUGGUCCAGUUUUUCCACAUCCUCCUCCACACCGUCUCCAGCCGAAACUUCGAGUCCCUCGUGAUCCUGCUGGAUUCCGUGGAUGAUGUGCACUCCGUCCACCGUGCUCGGAGGGUCCCCUGGCUGCCUCCUAACUGCCCCCCGAGGGUCCACCUCAUCCUCUCGGCCUGCAUGGGGCAGCAGGGGGCUCUAGAGACCGUGCAGCAGACGCUCACAGACCCAGGGGCCUACUGGGAGGUCAGACCCCUCUCGGGAAAUCAGGGGCAAGAGAUGCUCCAGCUGCUGCUGGCGGCCUCGAGGAGGACCCUGAGCGCGGGACAGAUGGAGCUGCUGUGGGCCAGCCUCCCAGAGUGCGGGCACCCAGGGCGGCUGAGGCUGGCCUUCGAGGAGGCCCGGAGCUGGGCCUCCUUCACCGUGCCCGCCCCUCUGGCCUCCACGGCCGGGGAAGCCAUGCAGCAGCUGUGCUCCCGCCUGGAGCAGAUGCAUGGGCAGCUCCUGGUGGCCCAUGUCCUGGGCUACAUUGUGUCUUCCAGGCACGGGCUCUCGGAGGCAGAGCUGAAGGACGUCCUGUCCUUGGAUGACGAGGUCCUGCAGGCCGUGUACUGGGACUGGACCCCACCCAGCAAGGAGCUGCUGCGUUUCCCACCCCUGCUCUGGGUGAGGCUUCGUCGAGAUCUGGGUAACUGCUUGGCCAGGCGGCCAGUGGAUGGCUUCACGCUCCUGGCCAUCGCCCAUAGACAGCUGGCCGAGGUGGUCCGAGAGCGCUACCUGUCCGGGCCCGAGAGAGCCAGGAGACACGGAGUCUUGGCGGACUUCUUCUCGGGGGCCUGGAGUCAGGGCACCAAGAAACUCAUCACCCUGCCGCUCGUGGGGAAACCCUUGAACCUGGACCGCAAGGCGGCCCCUCAGCCCCUGUGGUUCUCCGACACGAUUGCGAACCUGCGGAAGCUGAAGGAGUUGCCGCAUCACCUGCUCCACGCAGGCCGCCUGGAGGAGCUGCAGCGGGAGGUGCUGGGCAGUAUGAACUGGAUCACCUGCAGAGCCGUCUCGGGGGGCAUCGAGGCUCUGCUGGACGACUUUGACAUGUGCGCCCCUCACCUGGACUGUCCCGAGCUGGGCCUGGUCCGUGAGGCCCUGCAGCUGUGCCGCCCGGCCCUGGAGCUCCGAGGCCUGGAGAAAAGCAUCCUGUAUACAGAACUCCUGGCCAGACUCCAUUUCUUUGCUGCCUCGCAUCCCGUACUUGUGGGACAGCUGUGCCAACAGGCGCAGAGCUGGUUCCAGGCGUGCCCACACCCUGUGCUGGUGCCCCUCCGGGGAUUCCUCCAGCCCCCAGGAGGACCCCUCCGGGCGACCCUCACUGGCUGUCACAAAGGCAUCACCGCCUUGGCGUGGAGCCCGGAAGAGAAGCUGCUGGUGGUCGGCACCCAGGAUGGCAUCGUGGCUGUGUGGGACAUGGAGGAACAGCAGGUGAUCCACUUCCUACCUGGACACAGAGGAGAGGUGAGGUGCCUGAAAGUGUUGGCCAAAGGGACGUGCGCCAUCUCCGCCUCGAAGGACCACACGCUGCGCUUGUGGAACUUACUCUCCGGCCGGGAGAAAUUCACCGUUUGGGACAGAGGCUCAAAAGAUCCCCCCGAACCUCAGAUCUGCAGCCUGCACGUGGAUGAAAUAAAGAAGCUUGUGUAUUUGGCGUCUGGCUCAAAGGUCAGUGCUUGGAAUCUGGAAACUGCAGAGCUGGUUUUCCGCAUCCUAGGAGAUGCCUCCGACCCCUGGAAGUGCACGGCGGCGCUGGCUCCCCAGGCCGUGCUGCUGGCGGUGUCUGAGGCUGGCCUGGUCAGUCUGUGGAGCUCAGCCACGGGAAGACUGCAGAGGAAGCAACGUUUGUCCAGCAUCAGAGAGGAGACGCCCACCUGUGGCGUCUUGGUCCAGAAACAGGGGAAGACGGUGACUGGCUUUAGCCAGGGCUCCCUCUCUUUGGUUUCCUCCGAAGGAGACGUUCUGCUGGAGAAGCUUCCGGAAGCUGUGGGGUUCCUGGUGGUCUCUGAAGAUGAGUCCCUUCUUGCAGCAGGCUUUGGAAGCUCCGUGCGAAUAUUCUUGGCUGACUCACAGGGGUUUCAUCGAUUCAUGGCCACCGACCUUGAACAUGAGGACACAGUGGAGACAGCCAUUUUUGGUCCUGAGAACAAUCUCAUUGUCACUGGGUCCCGGGACGCACUCAUUCAGGUGUGGAGUCUGUCAGAGCAGGGGACCCUGCUGGACAUCCUGGAAGGCGUCGGAGCCCCUGUGAGCCUGCUGGCCCGGGCUGGGGCCUUGGUGGCAUCUGCUUCCCAGCAGUCCUCAUCUUUUAAAGUCUGGGAUCUCAGCUACGCUCAGAAGCCACGGGCCUCUGCGCCGUUCCUGGACCGCACCGGCCUCACCGCGGUGUCACACGAUGGCGGCUACGUUUACUUCCCCAAGAUUGGGGACAAAAACAAAGUCACCGUUUGGGAUGUGGCAGAAGGUGAGGAACGAGAGGCCCUGGACACCUCCAAUGAGGUCAGGUGCCUGGAGGUCGCCGAGCAAGCCAAGCUUCUCUUCACCGGCCUCGUUUCCGGGGUCGUCCUGGUGUUUCCCCUGAAUUCCAGACAGGACGUGAUGUGCAUCCCCCCUCCGGAGGCCGGGAAAGCCAUCAACUACAUGGCCCUGAGUAAGGAUGAGGAGCGCCUGGCCGUCGCCUACGACAGCCUGGUCCUGGUGCUGGACAUCAGCCCCGGGGACCCCUGUCCGGUCAUCGGCGGGCCAACCUACACCUGCUACACCCAGCUGCCUGAGACCAUAGCCAGUGUGGCCGUGCUGGCCGACUACCGCGUGCUCUACGUCAUGACCAACGGCGGCCUCUUCCUUUACGAGUGUGUGGCUUCCAAAGUGUUCCCUCUGGAGGGGCAUGGAAGCCGGGUUGCCUGCGUGGAGGUCAGCCACAAGGGGCAGCUGGCGGUCAGCGGGUGCGAGGAAGCGCUGCUGUGUCUCUGGGACCUGCAGGCCUGCAAGGGGAAGUUCGAGAUGAGCUACACGAAUUCUUACUGCCAAGGCGUCCAGUGUGCCUGCUUCUCCAAGGAUGACAAGUAUGUGUAUGCCGGCUUGAAGGAUCGCUCCGUGACCGUCUGGAGUGUGCUGGAUGGCUCUCUGCUGGCUGUUCAGUUUGUCCAUGCCGUGGUGAACAGAAUCAUCCCCACUUCUGAUGGCUUCAUUGCCCCUACCAGACACGGCUAUCUCAUCCGUGAGCGGUUCCAGUGCCCUUCCUCAAGGGCCUCGCAGCAGGACCCUCUCAGGAACUUCAAGAAGGCCGUGUGGAUGGUCAAAUCCAGGCAGAGAGGAGAGCUGGCUGCUGCUGCAGGAGCGCUCCAGGACUCAGGAUCAGGGAGUGCGCAGGGAAACCAGUCCAAAUCAAACAAACACUCACAAGUCUGCCUGAUAGUGUAGAAACCCCGCGGGGCACGGGGCUCCGAAACUGGAGGCUCUUGGAAGCAGAUGGAAAGAGCUGGCGGCAUCUCACGGCCGUGCUUUUGGACCGUCUCUGUCUUGAGCAAGUUCCACAGUCAAACGGUUUCCAUUCCACUGGAGCGGAUCUUUC